AUGAAGCCGCAAUUGUUGUCUCUGCCUCGUGCAGGACGCUUGCGCAUUCCGGUUACUCUAAAGACAGCAAUGCAGACGGGCUACGGUGCGCGCAGCUACAUGCGCACUGCUCAGAUUGCGCGGAAAUAUUCCUUAGGAGCUCAAGAACACCGCUUUUUUGUCACUUCAUCGAUACGGUCGCCGGUGACGGAGUCAAAAAGGUGGAUUACCCAGAAACAUAUACAAAAGGUGAAGGCUGGGGAGGAGCAGUGGGCUCAGUUCGCUGCGGAGAUUAAGGCUGGGAAGCGGAAAAGCUUCGUUGAACAUCUAGAAGAGAGAGGGUUGAUCCAUGAUGUCGUCGGUGAGCGCGACUUACUACACCGGGUUUUUACCGAGAAGAGAGUCGGGAUCUAUGUCGGAGUAGACCCAACAGCUCCCUCCUUACAUGUUGGCCAUAUGCUGCCGUUCAUGGUGCUGGCCUGGGGUUAUGUGUGGGGUCUACCUGUCACCUAUCUGCUCGGCGGGGCUACUUCUAGAGUCGGUGAUCCCACUGGGAGGUUGAAAGGACGAGAGGCAAUGGAUUCUUCGGUCCGAAAAGCAAAUAUGGCGAGCAUGCACAUGCAGCUGAAAAAGUUGGGGGCUUCUGUGGAGCAAUACGGCAAGAAACAUGGAUGGCACAAAGAGAAGAUCUGGCGGCGAGCUCUGGUGAACAACAACACAUGGUGGAAUUCAACAUCCUUCUUAGAAGUGCUACGGGACCUGGGCGCCCAUACGCGGCUUGGUCCCAUGCUGGGUAGAGAGACUGUGAAGAACCGGAUGACCAAAGGUGACGGAAUGUCUUUUGCGGAGUUCACAUAUCCCCUACUGCAGGCAUGGGACUGGUGGGUGCUGUUCCGGAAAGGUGUUCAGGUGCAAGUUGGAGGUUCCGAUCAAUAUGGGAAUAUCCUCUUCGGCAUGGAUGCCGUGAAGUCGAUCAGCAAAAACACUGCGAUGGAACAGGACCGAAAUCCUCUGGAGGAUGAUUUAGACAAACCCAUUGGGUUCACUACGCCACUAUUAACAGCAGCAAACGGUGAAAAGUUUGGGAAGUCUGCCGGUAAUGCCGUUUGGUUGGAUAAGGACAUGACUUCUACGUUCGAGCUGUACCAGUUCUUCGUUCGAACACCAGAUGAGGUUGUUGAGCGCUAUCUGAAACUGUUCACGUUUCUGCCUUUGCCUAAGAUUGCCGAAAUCAUGGAAGAGCAGAAUAAAGAUCCUUCAAAGCGAAUUGCUCAGCAUGCACUGGCUACCGAAUUCUUGGAGCUGAUUCACGGAAAGGAAGAGGCUGACGCAGUUGCUUUACAACAUCGUCAGCUUUUUCGGCCACGCUCUUCGACGGCUGAACCUAGUCCUAUGCCCAAGGUGACCAGCCCGCCUAGCAGCCAUGCAAAUUCGCCCGCUGCAGGCUAUGCCAAUCCUCAGUCUGGGAACAAAUACGCUCCCCAGACCAACUUCGCCAACAUGAGCAGCCCCCAUGUCACUCUUCCCCGCUCCCUGGUCUAUAACCAGCCAUUCCACAAGAUCUUGUGGCAUGCAGGACUGGUCUCCUCAAAAAGCGAAGGCCAUCGCAUUGUCGCGAAUAAGGGCGCCUAUGUAGGAAGUCGCCCAGGAGACAGUGGGCCCAUGUCCGAUGACCUGUCCUUCACGCCCAUUGAGACAUGGCUUCCGGAAAAGACGCAGGAGUACAUCAUCGACGGGGAUCUUUUGCUUCUGAAGCUUGGUAAAUGGAAGUUCCGGAUGGUAAAGAUCGUCAGCGAUGAAGAGUUCAAAGAGCGCGGACUUACAGCUCCUGGUUGGGAGCUGGAGAAGUCGGAAUCAGAGUCGGCCGCUGAAAAGACAACGGAGGUGAAGUCAACAUGA